AUGUUGAUAUCAUCAAGCCUGUUAUUGUUAUUCCCAGUCACAGCCUCCAAGUCAAUGGGCCUGGGCAAGCCCAAGAUGACCAACCUUGAGUUCUACUUCCACGAUACGGUCAGCGGGCGCAACCCGACUGCCGUGCCCAUCGCUGGCCCGAAGGCCCAAUUCCCCAACUACUUUGGCACACUCGUGAUGAUGGACGACCCGUUGACCGAGGGCCCGGACAUUAAGUCCAAAGCCGUGGGCCGGGCCCAGGGGAUAUACGCCAAGUCGGACCUUGAAACCCCGUGCCUAACAAUGGCCCUCAAUUUUGUGUUCUACGAAGACAACAGCACAUUGAGCAUGUUGGCCCGCAACCCCUUCAUGGAAAAGGUGAGGCCGGAGAUGCCGAUUAUUGGAGGCACCGGAAAGUUCCGGAUGGCCAAGGGCUUGGCGCUCCCCAGAACCUUUAGUUCAAACAACAAAGGGGACGCCGUUGUUCACUACAACGUUACUAUCUUCCAUUAUUGA